AUGGUGAAUCCAAUUCGAAAGGAUUGGUCCUCUAGGCUAGAUGAAGCCUUGUUGGCUUAUCAUAUGCCAUUCAAAACACCAUUGGGGAUGUCACCUUUUAAGCUGGUUUAUGGAAAGCCAUGUCUCCUACCUGUUGAGCUAGAGUAUAAAACAUUUUGGGAUAUUAAAAAACUAAAUAUGAAUUUAAUCGUUACUGGCCAUAAAAGGUUGUUACAACUGAAUGAAAUGGAGGAAUUUCAGGCACAAGCAUAUGAGAAUGUUAAAUUGUACAAUGAGAAGACCAAGUGUUGGCAUGAUAAAAGGAUUAUGCUAAGGCAAUUUGACCCGGGACAAUCGGUGUUGUUCAACUUUAAGCUCAAAUUGUUCCCUAGCAAACUAAAAUCUCGUUGGGCAGGCCCCUUCGAAGUAGCUCAAGUAUACCCUCAUGGAGCUAUUGAUGUCAAAGAUAUGAAAACGAGGGUCAUAUUUAAAGUUAAUGGACAAUGCUUGAAGCACUACUAA